AUGCACCGGCUGCGGUUGGCGGGGCGGCUGCUGCGCGCGGCCGGAGGGGCGGCGGGGCCCCUGUCCGCGCCCCCCGGAGCCUGCCCGCUCCCGCCCGGCCCCGCGGGAUUCGCAUCCGGCCCCGCGGGACUCGCCCCGGGCCCGGGCCCCGGCCCCGGCCCGGCCCCGCUCGUCCCGCCGGGGUCCCGCGGCUGGGCGGCCGCCGCCCGCACGGUGAGCCGAAGGACCGGCCGAUCCGCCCGGACCCUCCUCCGGACGCCCCGCUCCUCCGCCGCUUACCGUCUGCAAAGCGCGCUCAUCGCAACCACGGACCCAAGUAAAAUGACCGCUCCCAGCAAUGGGGAUGAGCAGAAGCCUAGCAAAUCACAACAGCUGAAAAAGAUUUUUAAAGAAUACGGAGCUGUGGGGGUCUCGUUCCACAUUGGAAUCUCAUUGAUGUCGCUGGGAAUAUUCUACCUUGUUGUUUCCAGUGGUGUGGACGUCCCAGCAAUUCUCGUCAAAAUUGGAUUUAAAGAAAGUUUCGUACAGUCCAAAGUAGCCGCCGGGACGAGCACAUUUGUGGUAGCCUAUGCCAUUCACAAACUGUUGGCUCCGAUGCGGAUUAGCAUCACCAUAAUUUCCGUCCCACUGAUUGUCAGAUACUUUCGGAAAGUGGGGUUUUUUAAGCCUCCUGCGUCAAAUCCAUGAUAAAAGCUUGAAAUACAUAUACCAUAUACACACUUGAGGCAUUUUUUAAAAAUAUUUAGGAUUAGCUUAAUGGAUUUAUCUUUCUUUGCGUUUUUAGAGUAUGAGUUGGUCUUUACUGGCAAAUUUAUUAUUCAGAGAUUUCCAUUGUGUACAUUUCAGUAUAUCAGGAAGACUUUAAAAAAAAAGUUGCUCUCUAAAAUCACUACCAUACAAAUGUUGCUUUGGAGGGAGUAUGGUAAGCCUAGCAUCCACAGGAAGAUAAUUCGCCAUCCAGUUCACAAACAGCAAUGAUUACAGAACUGUUUAAAAAAAAAAAAACAUUUACUGGGUUUAGGUUGUACCUUUGGCUUGCUGCCUAAGGCUUAAUAUAGCAUUCUAUCUAAAUUAGCUGCAGUUGCUACAAUUAAUAAAAUAAAACUUGCCGUACCACAGCUACACAUAUAAACUAGCUCCAUUGUCAAACUUUGGAGGAAUGGGGGAUUGGUGGUUUUUCAGUGAUGUUUGCUCUAUCAUUCAGGCUUAUUUGUUGAGGGCCUACUGUGUGCAGAGCACUGUACUGAGCGCUUGCGAAAGUACAGUAUAGCAACCAAGAGUGACAAUCUGAGCUCACAACGAGCUCACAGUCUAGGGCUACUGGAGGACAGACAUUCAUACAACUAGACAUCAAGGCUGCUCAAAAUGCCUUUUAAUAUCUUUUCUUAAAUUACUAGAGGUCCAGUAGAUGCAGCUUUUAGAAGGAGUUGCGCUGUAGAGUUCUAUUGUUUUGAAGAAUUUAGAAGUCUUUUCCAGCUUUAUAAACAUUCCUGUAGGACUCUGCAAAUGGAAGUUGAAUAUAAAACUAGGAGAGCUAUGUCUAUAAACUAUUCUGCUAGAUCGAUUGUACAUUUGACUGUACAUUCAGUUAACAUUGAUGUUGACAAAGAGUAGAGUUAAGCCAGGAUUUCUAAUAAGGAAUUCAUUCCAAUUUCUUAAUUAGUAACAGAAGCAAGCCCCCAAUUAGCAGGUGAAGACUUACUAUGCAGAACUGAAGUCAGUGGCUUGUGCAGAAACAGCUGGCCCACUGAAAUGAAGCCAGGGCUAAAUUUGCAAUAUUUCUCUAGAAAUCUGCAAGGCUUUGGCUAGGUUCUAUGUUGCUGUACUAAGCACUCUGAACUCCUGGUUGCUAAGGUAACCUGAAUCAUUCAGAUCUUGCAUACGGAGAAUCCUUAUUAAGCAUUUGUCCAAUGACAAUUCUUGGGCUAUAAAACUAUUGCUGGGUGUUUUUUUUUUCCUACUGCUGUAUUAGAUCAGUGACUGAAGUUUGGAAAUUCAUAAACCUCUUGUCAGUGAUCUGUAUGCAUUAGCAAUUGAGUUCUACAUGCAAAGGAGUUAAAAAAUACAGUAACUGCUGUAGUUUGUAAUGGGCCUUACACUGCAAAUGCUUGAUUAGUUGUUCCUGAGCCAUUUGUGACCAGCUCAUGUAUAAACCUUUUGUGGCCUUUAAAAAUGUACCUGAGCUCAAUCUGUGUAGUUACAUACACCAUCUUAAGUCUAACAACCAUUUUUUUUUAAAACACUGGUUUAAUGUUGGAAUUGAAUUUUGGAAGAUCCCCUCUUACCACAGUGGCUGGAAGACCAUUCCUGUAAAGUUGCUUUUGCAGGAAAGGGGAAGGAGUCAAUAGGAAGGAAGAAACAUUCCUAAAUAUUUAAGCAGGUCAAUAGCCAUAUUCUUUUCUUCUUACAGUGCUCCAUCAUCAGCUGCUCCUUCAGCUAGGGAUACCAAGAUGAAUAACCAAAUCCAAGGGGAGUGUAACUGGGGAAUAUUAUUUCACCAGCAAGAUAGACAGCUAAGUGUCUUAUUUUCAAGAUGACAAUACAGCCAGCCCUUAUCUUACCUCUAGUUCUGUAUAUGGGAAGCUGGAAUUUGAGAUUUUCUGAUACAUGCUUAGGUGGUCAGUUUCAUAAGGUAUAUUAUGCAGUGAGAAAAUAUUUUUAAAUUCUUUAGAAAAAUUGUUUCUAAUUCCUUUGAUGUAAUGGGACGAGUAUACUGUUGCAGAGUUACAAUAAAGUGUUAUUUUAUGUUU